CAUCUCUCGUACUAGGGUUUUAUUUGAACACUUCUCCAGCUCUCAAAAGCCCUAAAAAUGGCGGCACCAGCACCGGCGGCAACAUCAGCGACGGGAGAGUCAGUCCAAUGCUUCGGACGCAAGAAAACCGCGGUAGCAGUAACACACUGCAAGAAAGGCCGCGGUUUAAUCAAAAUCAACGGCUGUCCGAUCGAGUUAGUCCAACCGGAAAUUCUCCGAUUCAAAGCCUAUGAACCGAUCCUCCUUCUCGGACGACACCGUUUCGCUGGAGUGGACAUGCGUAUUCGCGUGAAAGGAGGCGGUCACACGUCGCAGAUUUACGCGAUACGACAGAGCAUAGCUAAGGCACUUGUCGCGUUUUAUCAGAAGUAUGUUGAUGAACAGAGUAAGAAGGAGAUUAAGGAUAUUUUGAUGAGGUAUGAUCGGACCUUGCUUGUGGCGGAUCCUAGGCGGUGCGAGCCGAAGAAGUUUGGUGGUCGUGGUGCUCGUUCUAGGUUUCAGAAGAGUUACCGUUGAUUCGGUCUGGUUCGAGUUUUAUUACUUUUAUUAUUAUUAUGAGAUUUUGUUGAAGUUUUGGAAGUUAAUGUUUGGGAUGUUUUAUGGAUUUGUUUUAUGUUUGUUUUGGUUAAUGUUGAGGAUUAAUAGUUAAUUAAAAUGUUUUAUUUGAUUAAA